UUUCUCUCCCGAGUCCUGAUAACCCACCACAAAAUAAACACACACAGAGAGACGGCAUCGUACAGCCGCGGAAAAAAGUGAGAGAGAAACAGAGCAUAAUGGCCGGUGGCAACGGAGAGAAGGCUAGCGUCGUCGAGAGCAAAGAGUGGUACUUGGCAGCCUAUGCACCAGUAGGUGUUCCGACCUCCGAUCAUCUCAAACUCCGGUCUCUCCCUCUGUCUCUUGCCGUCGAUUCGAUACCGGACGGCCAUGUCGUCGUCGAGACCCUAUUUGUCUCCGUAGAUCCCUACCAGCGAACCAGAAUGACUGGAAUUGAUGAGGGGCUUUACUUAUCACAGUUCAAUCUCGAAGAGGUGAUCACUGCAUUUGCAAUUGGAAGGGUAAUUCGGUCGAAGGACAGUAAUUAUAAGGAGGGUGAUAUUAUCCUUAAUCCUUUCUCUCCGAUUGCCGAUUAUUAUAUGGUUUCCGAGUUGCAUUUAAGAAAGAUUGAUCCAGCAUCAGGGGUUCCACUGCCAGAUUAUCUCAGUUCUCUAGGGAUACCGGGGUUUGCAGCAUGGGUGGGGAUAGAGGUGUUGGGAGAGCCAAAGGCAGGGUCGAAUGUGUUUGUUUCAGCUGCCGCUGGAGCGGUCGGAAUGUAUGCCGGACAAUUGGCUAAGCUCAAAGGUUGCAGGGUUGUCGGUAGCACCGGGUCAGAUGAGAAGGUAAAACUCGUAAAGGAUCAUUUUGGAUAUGACGAUGCAUUCAACUACAAGAAGGAAACUGAUUUAGAUGCUGCUUUAAGAAAGUACUUUCCCGAUGGCAUCGACAUAUAUUUUGACAAUGUUGGUGGCGAAAUGCUUGAGGCUGUGCUCAACCACGUUAACAAGCAUGCACGGAUUCCAAUCUGUGGCAUGAUAUCUCAAUAUAAGAAGAAAUGGACAGACAGACAUGGGGUAAGAAAUCUCCUGAAUAUAGUAGGUAAAGAGAUAAGGAUGGAAGGGUUUUUGCUGGCUUCAUAUUUGGAUCGUUUUGGGGAUUUUGCGAAGGAAAUGGAGAGCUACAUAAAAGAGGGCAAGAUUAGUUCCAAGUACACAAUCUACCAUGGAAUCGAGAGCUACUUGGACAGCUUAGGCUCUGUCUUCACGAGCACGAAUAUUGGAAAAGUUGUGAUUGAAGUUAAAUCGUAAUUGGAAAAUUAUCAACUCUAUUUUCCUCUGGCUUAAGUAAUUAAAUGGUGAGAUUGCAAUUACUAUCUUUGGGUUUUUGAGCGAUGUUAAGAUCUUUAAUCAUGAGCUUUCCAUAUUGUAAUAAUUAUUGGAUUGUAGCCUUAUUUAUGAUCUAAUUUUGUUUAGUAUGCCACUGCUUCUACUUGUGGGAACUGUUAUGGACGUAUUUCGCGCCAUGGUCGAUGAACUUAAUAAACCUGCAAUAUAAGAAACGUGAAGGCUCGGUGGGCGUAUGACA